ACAGGCCCCAGGAUGGGCCGCGUAAUGUGCAGCCAGGUCGCACAGCCCGGCUCCUCCCCUGCUCCUCUCCUCUUUGCCCCCGCCACACCAAACCCCUAAACAGCCGCCAUGUCGCCGCCGCCGCAGCCGCAGCAGAAGGACAAGGCAGAGCACGAGGUGCCGCGCGCGACGGUGGCCAGCGCCGUGGCGUCCCUCACCAAGUGGAUGCGCGAGCGCGCCGCGGAGGCGCCGCCGAACCUGCUCGCCGACGAGCGCGACGACCUCGUCGUGCUCCAGCUCUCGCUCCGCCGCGUCCCGCCCAAGCCCACCACCAAGCCGCACCUCCUCCCGCUCCCACACCCCGUCGUCGCCCACUCGGCCGCCUCCGUCUGCGUCAUCUCCGACGACCGCGCCGGCUCCGGCUCCCCCGCCGCCGCCGCCGCCAUCCUCGACGCGGCCAGGUCGCUCAAGCUGCCCGUCUCGGAGGUCGUCCCCUUCUCCGCCCUCCGCACCGACUACCGCCCCUACGAAUCGCGCCGCCGAUUCGCCGCCUCGUACGACCUCUUCCUCGCCGACCGCGCCCUGCUCCCCAUGCUGCCCCGCCUCCUCGGCAAGGCCUUCUACUCCACCAAGAAGGCCCCCAUCGCCGUCGACUUCACCCGCGCCGGCUGGCCGGAGCAGGUCCGCAAGGUUCUGAGCUCGACUUUCCUGUACCUGCGGACCGGGACCUGCUCGGGGAUAAAGGUGGGCAGGCUGGACAUGGAGGAGGAUGAGAUUGUUGAGAAUGUGAUGGCGGCGGUGGAGGCCGCCGUGGAGAAGGUGCCCAAGAAGUGGGCAAACGUGAGGGCUCUGCAUUUGAAGGCUGUGGAUUCUGUCGCACUGCCAAUAUACCAGGUUGUGCCGGAGUUGGGCAUGAAGAUUGAGGUUCCGGUUGGGCGAUUGGAAGCAGGAGUUGGUGCCGGAGAGGUCAUCGAUGCUGCACAAGUCGAGACCGGCAGCAAUCGCAAGGACAAGAAAAUGAAGGCACUGAAAAAUGCGGAUGUCAAUGGUGGAGCCGAAGGUGUGAAGUACAAGUGGAAAAGGAACAAGAAGGAUCAGACUGAAGAUGUUGUGAUGGAAGAAGCCCAAGAGGCGAGUGAGAAUAGGAGGAAGAAGGAGGCUGCUCCUUUGGAAGAGCUUUCCGCUGGUGAGGGCCUGAAGACCCCAAAGAAGGGCAAGGAUAAAAAGCGUGCAUUGGACAUGGAGGUGGAGGAUGCUAGUCCGGCAGAGAAGGGUAGGAAGAGCGAGGAAGCCAGCAACAAGAAAAGUAAGGGCAAGAAAGAAGGUAGCAAGCAAGUACCUGAGGAGGAGGAGGAUGUUGGCAGCAAGAAGAACAAGGGGAAGAAGGGAGAGGUCAAGGAGGGGAAGAAGAAGAAGAGCAUGCAGGGUGAUUCUGAUGAUGGUGAAGUCCUUUUGGAUGGGGAAAGUACUCCUGCUGCCGUUAAAGCUGACAAGGAAGAGAAGAAGAGCAAGGGGAAGAAAUCAAGUGUCGAUAAGAUGAAGAGAUCCAGGUCAAAGGGUCUAAGGUUGUAUUAGUUUUUCCUGAAAUUGCUGCUUGUCAGUUGAAUGCCAAUCUCAAUUGAGACCAAGGUGCAUGUUCUAUGCAUAGAUAAGCUGGUUGAUCUGAUUACUGUUAGCUGUGAGAAGCAAUCAUUGUCGAAUCUGCUUCAGUUUUGUAUUAGGAGAAUGCACUUGAGAUUAUACUGGUGAGUGUACGGGGCGCUGUGGGGGAAUUUCUGGAGUAGUUUCUUCAGAUUUUGUGCGAGUCUGAUACUACUAUGCACCUUUGGGGUAAAACCUAUAGUGGAACUGUUUUUCUUUUCA